AUGUCACCCCCCGCCGAUCGCAAGAGCAUAUUGCAGAACCUCCGCUCGCAGAUCGACAAUGGCAAAAUCAUCGUUGGUGCGGGUGCAGGCAUCGGAUUGAGCGCAAAGUUCAUCGAAGCUGGUGGUGGCGACUUGAUCAUUAUAUACAACAGUGGAAGAUACCGGAUGGCCGGCCGCGGCUCGUUAGCCGGCUUAAUGCCGUACGGAAACGCUAAUGAUGUCGUACUGGAAAUGGCUGGUGAAGUUCUUCCCAUCGUCAAGUCCACGCCAGUACUAGCUGGUGUAUGCGCAACCGACCCUUUCCGAGAUAUGUCUCGCUUUUUGAAGCAGCUGAAAGACCUCGGUUUCGCCGGCAUCCAGAAUUUUCCCACCGUUGGUUUGAUCGAUGGAACAUUCCGACAGAAUCUCGAAGAAACAGGAAUGUCGUAUGAUGCUGAAGUUGAAGUGAUGAAGAUGGCUUGCAAGAUGGAUCUCCUGACCACACCAUACGUGUUCAACGUAGAAGAAGCGAAGAAGAUGGCAAACGCUGGUGCCGAUAUCUUGGUCGCCCAUAUGGGUCUCACAACGAGUGGAAGUAUCGGUGCAAGCAGUGGGAAGAGCUUGGAUGAAUGCGUCAAACUGAUCCAAGAGAUACGUGAUGCCGCAACGAAAAUUAAAGAGGACGUCAUCAUUCUGUGCCAUGGAGGCCCAAUCGCAAAGCCAGAGGAUGCGGAGUAUGUGAUCAGCAAGACGAAGGGUGUGCAUGGCUUUUAUGGUGCAAGCUCAAUGGAACGCUUGCCAGUCGAGGACGCGAUAACGAACAUUACGAAGACAUUCAAGGGUCUGAAGCCUGGAUCAUCGGUGUAG